ACGGAUCAAACCACAGUGAUGUAGCUGAUGGCCAUAACAUUCUUUCGUUCUCGGGAUGGGGUGGUGCCUGGCAGUAAAGGAAUAACAUCCAUCAUUGUUGCGAAAGCUUAAUGUCAGAGCAUGCAAACAUGAGUACAGGAAAGCCAAGUGGUCUCAAGCCACCUACUAAGAUUGGUAAGCCUAGUGCUCUACCAACCAAGACACCCUCUUCCUCAGCUACACCAAAAGCUGUACCGUCCCCAGGUGCUGGCACCUCGGUUGGUAAUGACUCAGUGACAGAUUUCACUGUGGGCGAGCGCGUGUGGGUGAACGGAAACAAACCUGGAUAUGUUCAGUUCAUUGGUGUGACCCAGUUUGCACCAGGCCAGUGGGCCGGCAUAGUUCUGGAUGAGCCUAUUGGAAAAAAUGAUGGCUCUGUGACUGGAGUGCGCUAUUUCCAGUGUGAGGACUUGCGAGGCAUUUUUACCCGUCCCUCCAAACUAUCUCGUGCUCCCACUGCAGAACCUGAGGCCAAUGGGGCACAGACCUCCACCAGCCAAGCAUCAUCUGCUGUCAAAUCUACUCCUGCUGCUACUGAUGAACAAGCUGCUACUGCUGCUGCUACCAAGACAAAAACAAAUCUAGCUAAAACAGCCAGCAGUUCUAUCUCCAACCUUUCUGAGGCAGAUUCGGCUAUGAAGGCGAAACGGGAGCUGAAACUUGGUGAUCGUGUGUUGAUUAGUGGAACAAAAGCAGGUGUUGUGCGGUUUUUGGGGGAGACUGACUUUGCUAAGGGGGAAUGGUGCGGAGUGGAGCUUGAUGAGCCGCUUGGCAAGAAUGAUGGAGCAGUGGCUGGCUCAAGGUAUUUCCAGUGUAUGCCAAAGUAUGGCCUGUUUGCUCCUACACACAAAGUGACCCGCAUCGGCUUUCCCUCAACCACCAAAGCCAAAAGCUCGAGGCACAGGUCCACAUCGCAGCAAAGCCCCAGUGCCUCUUCAGUCAGCUCCAUGAGCUCCGUUACCUCUUCUGUAGGAAGACCCAGUCGUGCAGGCCUGCUGACCGAGACCUCAUCCCGCUAUGCACGAAAAAUCUCAGGGACCACAGCCCUGCUGGAAGCUCUAAAGGAGAAGCAGCAGCACAUUGAGCAGCUCCUGGCCGAGCGGGAUAUAGAGAGAACUGAGGUGGCCAAGGCUACAUGCCAUGCAGGAGAGGUGCAGCAGGAGUUGGCUUUGCUCAGGAAAGGCCAAGAGCAGUAUGUUCUCGAGAUGGAGGCUAAGCUGGACCAGUUACGCCGGCUUGUGGAGACUGCAGACAGAGAGAAAGUGGAGUUGUUAAAUCAGCUUGAAGAGGAAAAAAGGAAAGUAGAAGAUCUUCAGUUCAGUGUAGAAGAGGCUUGCAUUACCAAAGGUGAUCUGGAGACGCAGACCAAACUGGAACAUGCCCACAUUAAGGAGCUCGAACAGAGCCUUCUCUUUGAAAAGACCAAAGCUGAUAAACUCCAGAGGGAGUUAGAGGAUACUAGGCUGGCCACAGUGUCUGAGAGGUCCCGAAUCAUGGAGCUGGAAAAGGAAGUGUCGGAGCUGCAGCUACGCCUGCGAUCUCAGCGAGCAGAAGCGGGGUUAGGUUCUCCCCCAUUACAAGACAAAAAGGUUAGGGAACUCAGCAGUGAGAUAGAGGCCAGACAAAAGGAGGUGCUGCUCCUUCAGCAAAGACUCAGCUCCUCUGAGCAGGAGAACUCAUCACUUCAACAUCAGCUGGAGGAAGUGAAGCAAAAACUCGAUACUGAAAUGGAAGAAAAUAAAAGGACAGCAGCGUCCAUGCAAGAGAUGCAGUGUAGUAUGCAGUCAGACAGAGAAAAACUGGAGCAGCUGCACAGUAAGAACCAGAAGCUGGAGCAGGAGAUGGCCUCCAGGCAGCAACAGGAGGAGCAACGCAAUAAGGAGCAGAAGCUUCAGGAGAGAGAACUGCAGGAAAAACUUGGACAAGCAGAGAAGGAACUAAGCAGGAAGCAGGAAAGAAACCUUGAACUUGAGCAGAAGGUGACAGAGCUUACGCUGCUCACAGACAAGGCACAGAGUAUUGAGUCAGCAGAAGCCCUACAAUCAUUCAAACAAAAAAAUCAAGAGCUGCAUCAAGAGCUUGAAGCCCUGAAGAAGCAGAACUCCAACUAUCAAGAAGAGCUUAGUUUGUCCAAGAAGCAGCUCAGCUCUGAGAGCCAGCACAUCGGAAGCCUGUGCAAAGAAAUUGAGGAGCUGAAGCUGGCAGCCAGUCAGAAGUCACUUAAGCUGGUGGCGCUCCAGGAAGAGAAUGGGAAGCUGUCUCAGGAGCUGGACAGCAGCCGGCUGGAAGGCCAUAAGCAACGGGCAUUUGAGGGCGAGAAUCUGCAUCACAGCAACCAGUCAGAGAUCAAAGAGAGUGAAAACUUCAAUAUGUUAAUAUCUGAGAAGGACAAAGAAUUGGAAGCAUUAAGAAAGGAGAUUGCGGUGUUGCGUGGAGAGAAUGCCAUGGCUAAAACCCUGCAGGCAGCGGUGGAAUCUCUGGAGCAGGACAAGGUGCAGCUACAGAGCAAAGUGCAAAUCCUUGAACUGAAGCUGGAGGGCAGACUGAACAAUGAUCAGGUGGAAAAUUCCUCAGGUGAUACAGCCAUGAACGAGCUCAAAAAAGAGAAAGAGUUUGCAGAGGGACAGGUCAAUUUCCUCAACUCGGUCAUUGUGGACCUUCAGAGGAAAAAUGAAGAGCUAAGGGUGAAGCUAAAGAAAAUGGCUUUAGCUGAGUUUAAUGGAAACGAUGGGAAUGAUGGUUUGGAUGAGGGCAAGAAGAAAAAGAAAGCUCCACCACGGGUUUUCUGUUACAUUUGUGACUGUUUUGACCUGCACGACACGGAAGACUGUCCCACCCAAAUGCAAUCUCCAGACUCACCACCCCACAGCACCCACCGUGGCAGCCGCGUGAAAGAACGGCCCUACUGCGACAUCUGCGAGGCCUUCGGCCACUGGACAGACUCCUGCAACGAUGACCAAACGUUUUAAAUCUCUUUUUUUCCCCUCAAUUUACAAAACAACAAAAAAUGCACAAAAGAUCUGUAAGUAAGCUCUUAUUUUUGUAUGCUGUUUGUAGAAAGAUGUAGAUUACUUUUACUGAAGACUAUGAUGACACUGCUUUA